AGGGAAAAUGCAAAAGCCACUACCAGAACUGCUAAAGGAGUAUGACAUGGCAGUAGGUAUCUUCCCUCGGGAUGCUACCAACUACGAGUUCAAUGAAGAGACAGGUAAGCUUAUUGUCUACAUACCCUCGAUUUGUGAAGUGGGAUACAGAGACAAGUCUGUUUUGCGAUUGUCAACCACUGUAACUGGAUAUCUGGAGAAAGGGAAGCUAUCUGAUAUAGAGGGGAUGAAGACAAAGGUGAUGAUUUGGGUGAAAGUUACGUGCAUUUCAGCUGAUGGAGGAAAGCUCCAUUUCACCGCAGGGAUGAAGAAAACCAGGCCUAGAGAUGCUUAUGAGAUUCUUAGAGAUGGAUUUAGUGUAGAUAAGUUCUGAGAUGGUUAGGAUGUUUGAAUGAGUAUAUUGUUGUAAGCUAGUAACAGCUGUUUUAGAGCUCUCUCAACUGUUGGUUUCUGUAGCUAUAAAUGUCAUAAUUUCGAACUAUGGUAUCUUUGGAUUUUAUUUAUUUAUUUAUAUGUGGAUUUGUUGACAGUCAAUUGCAUACAUUCCUCAUCAAUAUUCUGA